AUGGGGCCAGUUCGGUUGGCGCUCCAGGAGUUCACGCUGGAUGAGGGGGUACCAGCUCCUUCCUUGCUGGCCAGUGCGACGGCGAAUGUCGGCGUCGAGAUCCCAUCGGGCCGCGAGAAGUUCGAACUCCUCGUUGACAGACCAGCGGUGAUGCGUGCGCGCCGUGGACCGUCGGGCGGUACUGGCAGUAGUACCAGUAACGGCAGCGGACGGCCCAGUUUCCUCGUCCAGCUCCGCAGUUGGCACGCUAUCGUCAGCAGCCUCGAGGAAGAGCCUGUAGUCAUCAUUGUCGUCCCUGAGUUCGCGUCGCGCCUCUUUCUCGUCCAGGCCGUGCACUACCCCGCGCCGCAGGUGCACUUUCCCGAGUCUCAGGUGUUCCAUACACUGCACCAGGCGGUCAAAGCAUGUGCAUCAGGUGCGAAUCCGGGUUCCCGAGGGGGACAUUCGCCCCACACGUCCUCCUAUCUCUCAUCCCGUCCUCCCCUCUCUCACCCCCCUCGAAAGCCCUCUCAUCCCCUCCUUCCCAAAACUCAUCCCCUCCUCCCAUCGCUCCUCCUCUCUUGUUAUCUCUCAUCCCGUCCACCCCCCCCUCAACCCCUCCCUCCUCCCCUCAUCCCCGCCUUCUCUCGCUCCUCCCCUCCGUCCUUCUCUCCUCCCAAUGUCCCCGACCUCGCGCCCCCCCUCCUUCUAUCAUCCCCGCCUCCCCUCGCUCACCCCCUCCGUCCUUCUCUCAUCCCGUCCUCCCUUCUAUCAUCCCCUCGCAGGUCCUCCUCUCAUCCCCUCCGUCCUUGUCUCAUCCCGUCCUCCCCUCUCUCAUCCCCUCCUGCUCCUAUCUCAUACCUCCUUCCCUCUCUCAUCCCCUCCUCCUCUCUCUCAUCCCCUCCUCCUCUCUCUCAUCCCCUCCUCCCAUCGCGAAUCCCCUCCUCCCAUCGAUCCUCCCAUCCCGUCCUCCCAUAA